AUGGCCCUGACCACCACUACAUACGGCGAAGUCGACCUCAGUAAAGACGACCGACCAGACCUCCCACCUCCCCCAGCAGUCGCAAUCACACCUUGCGACGGCGGCUGGCCUCGUCCGUAUUACUUCGAGAACGGCCUGCGACGAGUAGCGCCCUACCACUACACCUACAACACUUACUGCAAGCAGCGAUGGCGCGACCGUGAGAUCCUCGAUAUCUUCGCGGCUGAGUUUCGAGAUCGGUCGAGGGAGUACUACAAAGAUGCUAUCGAGGCAGGGCAGAUCGUGUUGAAUGGAAAGCCAUGUAAAGAUGUUCAUACGAAAGUGAAGAAUGGGGACGUGGUCAGCCAUACGUUGCACAGACAUGAGCCGCCUGUUUCUGCGCAGCCGGUACGGGUCAUCAAUGAGACGGACAGUAUGAUUGUCAUUGAUAAGCCAGCGGGCGUGCCUGUGCAUCCUGCGGGCCGGUAUAAAUACAAUUCGGUCGUGGAGAUUAUGAGGGCGGAGAGGCAUUAUGCGUUUAAUCCUUUACCUUGUAAUAGGCUGGAUAGGCUGACGAGUGGUGUCAUGUUCAUUGGCAAAACGAGUAAAGAGGCGGAGGAGAUUAGUGCGAAAUUGAGAGGAAGGACUGUGAGGAAGGAGUAUAUUGCGAGAGUCAAGGGACGUUUUCCGGAUGGUGAGGGUUGGGAGGGUGAUCCGAUGCGAGGAGGAGUUGUGAAAUGUGAGGAGCCUAUAUUGACCAUUAGUCCUAUACUGGGCUUGAAUCGAGCAAGAGCUAGUGGGAAGACGGCAAAGACUUUGUUCAGGAGAGUGGCAUAUUACCCUCCCAAAACCCAGCCAGAGACGACAGCACAGAACACCGGUCGACAGCCAGCAUCUGCAGCAAAACCACUUCCACACACCGAAGACGAAGGCUACAGCAUAGUCCACUGCCUCCCACUGACUGGCCGUACUCACCAAAUCCGAGUCCACCUCCAAUUCCUCGGCCAUCCUAUAUCCAACGAUCCAAUCUACAGCAACAGACGAGUCUUCGGUCCGAGCUUAGCAAAAGGCGAUUCAACCGCCGACAACGAUGCUGAGAUAAAAGAGCGAUUGAGUAACAUGGGCAAGACUGAACUCGCAGACGCCUACGCCUACAAUACAGACAAUCCAACCAAGAUAGAUAACAUCGAGAAAGAAAUAUCAGGUCUCAACAUAACCCAAACUCAACAAACCACACCCACCCAACUCGAACAGCUUCGUGGUCAAGAAUUGCAGCGACAAUAUGGCUCGACAGCAGGUUACAAGCCCAUGAAUCGUGGCAGCCUCCACGCAGGCAGUCUACCACCAGACUCUUCUACCUUUACCAAUGACCAUCCUACAGCUUCGCCUGAAUCUGAUCCAGCCUACGCUGCUCUAAUCGCCGCCCACGACGAAAUGGUCCAAGACUACAACAUCCGCAAAGGCGAGAAACUCACCGGUAAACUCUGCGAUAUCUGCCAGACACCGCUGUAUUCGGACCCUGGCCCUCAGGAGCUCGGGAUAUAUUUACAUGCGCUGGCGUAUGCGGAUGUUGGUGGGGAGUGGAGGUUUACGAGUCCGAUGCCGGUGUGGACGAGAGGGGAGGGAGAGAAUGAAGAAGUUAUGAAGAGUCCGGAGUGGGACUAUGCGGCCUUGGGUAAGGAGGCGGAGUGGGUUGAUGUCGAGGCGGAGAGGGAGGAGGGAGAGAGGAGGAAUAGGAGCGGGGAGGAGAGGAAUAAAAGUAAGAAUAAGGAUAAAGAGCUGGUGGUUGAAGAGGGAUGA